GGGGAAGAAGCCGGAAAUCCGGUGAGCCCUAGCCGACGAGAUGGAGGAGAGCGAGUACGAGUCGGUUCUCUGUGUCAAGCCGGAGGUCCACGUCUACCGCAUCCCCCCGCGGGCCACCAACCGUGGCUACAGGGCUUCAGAGUGGCAGCUGGAUCAGCCGUCCUGGAGUGGCCGGCUGCGGAUCACUGCAAAAGGACAGGUGGCUUACAUCAAGCUGGAGGACAGGACCUCAGGGGAGCUCUUUGCCCAGGCACCAGUGGACCAGUUUCCUGGCUCAGCUGUGGAGAGCGUGACUGACUCCAGCAGGUACUUCGUUGUCCGCAUUGAGGAUGGAAAUGGGCGGCGAGCUUUUAUUGGAAUUGGCUUCGGGGACCGAGGGGAUGCUUUUGACUUCAACGUGGCAUUACAGGACCAUUUCAAGUGGGUGAAACAGCAGUGUGAGUUUGCAAAACAAGCCCAGAACCCAGAUGAAGGCCCCAAAUUGGACCUGGGCUUCAAGGAGGGCCAGACCAUCAAACUCAACAUCGCAAACAUGAAGAAAAAGGAAGGAGCAUCUGGGACUCCCCGAGCCCGGCCUGCCAGCACAGGAGGCCUCAGCCUGCUUCCCCCUCCUCCAGGGGGUAAGCCCUCCACUCUCAUUCCACCCCCCGGGGAGCAGUUGUCCAUGGGGGGCUCCCUAGUGCAGCCAGCAGUUGCUCCUGGUUCAGGAAGCACCUCUGUGUCCUGGCCACAGCCCACGCCUGCCACUGCUGCCACCGCCGACGUCUGGGGUGACUUCACUAAGUCCACAGGGUCACCUUCCAGCCAAACUCAGUCAGGCACAGGCUGGGUCCAGUUCUGAACCACACAAGUUUUUCCUCACAUGACUUCUAGGAAGGAGCCGUCUCUUCUGGGCCUCAAGAAGGCGAAGCAUUUCCUGGCUGGUCCCUGGAGCGUCACUCGCCUUUCCCCACCUGGCUGUCAUCACAGCCAGGAAGUUGGCACC